GAGCAUAACAUAAUUCCAGUAAUCUCAACAGCACGCCAUAAAUACCAAGCUUUCAAGGUUGGAAACUCCUCUAUUAAUAUUAGUAAUUGGGUACCUACAAGUGGAGGUUUAUUUUCCCGUCGCAAUAGCUCGGCAAUCGCAUCCAACGUUAAACCCCGCCGCGAACCCAAUGACAGAUCAUCACUUUCCAUUUAACUCAAAAGCUUCAUAGAUCACUAGAGCCCAAGUCGAGAGAUCAUCGCGAAAAUGACUACCGAUCAGAACUCGCCCAAUCGUGGACAACCCAAAAGUAUCCCUAACAAACCAGCCGAUGGCGUCCCAUUCUUCACCCCGGCCCAAGAACCUCCGGCUGGGACUGCGCUGAAUCCCCAACCGGAUGGCAGUCCUAUCCCGAAACUCUUCACUCCUUUGAAGAUCCGCGGCGUCACUUUUCAAAAUCGAAUCAUCGUCUCGCCGCUAUGUCAAUACUCAGCCGAAAACGGGUUGCACACUUUAUGGCAUACGACUCACCUAGGCGGCAUCGUACAGCGCGGGCCCGGCCUCACAAUCGUCGAAGCCACCGCGAUCCAACCCCGCGGACGCAUCACCCCCCAAGACAGCGGUCUCUGGAAUAACACCCAAAUCGGUCCCCUACGCCAACACGUGCACUUCGCACACUCGCAAGGCCAGAAAAUCGGCAUCCAGCUCGCCCACGCCGGCCGCAAAGCCUCGACCGUAGCGCCAUGGCUGAGCCGCGGUGCCGUAGCAACCCAUGAUGUAGGUGGGUGGCCCGACGACGUGGUAGCCCCGAGCGCAGUCGCGUACGCAGAUGACCACGCUGUUCCGCGGGCGUUGAGUUUGGCGGAGAUCGCGGAGAUCAAGGUGGAUUGGAGGAAUGCGGCGAGGCGGGCUGUGGAGGCGGGGUUUGAUGUGAUUGAGCUGCAUUGCGCGCACGGGUAUUUGUUGCACAGCUUUUUGUCGCCGGCGAGUAAUCAUCGCACGGAUGCGUAUGGAGGGAGCUUUGAAAAUAGGGUCAGGUUGGUCUUGGAGCUGGUGGAUGAGCUGAGGGGUGUUAUACCGGAGACUAUGCCACUGUUCGUACGUAUUAGUGCGACGGAUUGGUUGGAGGAUGUUGAGGGAUAUGAAGGCGAUAGCUGGAAGCUAGGUGAGGCGGCACGGUUGGCGGAACUAUUGGCGGAUAAGGGUGUCGAUGUGAUUGAUGUGUCGAGCGGAGGGAAUCAUCCGUUACAAAAGAUUAAGCCGGGACCGGGAUACCAGGCGCCUUUCGCUAAGGCGAUUAAGAAAGCGGUUGGGGAUAAACUUCUUGUCAUGACUGUGGGAAGUAUUACGAGCGGAAAACUAGCUGAGAAGUUGCUUGUAGGUGAUGUUACGGAUGAUAGCCCACCUCUAGACCUUGUGGCCUCUGGAAGAUUAUUCCAGAAGAACCCGGGACUGGUCUGGACUUGGGCUGAAGAGCUUCACACUUCGAUAUACAUCGCAAGCCAAAUUGGAUGGGGCUUUGGAGGAAGGGCCACCAAACAAGAAACAGGGCAUCCCACAAGGGCAGAAGAAGAGGAAGCUACUAAAGCUUCGGUUGUGGCUGAAAAGAAACAUGAUGACCUAGGCGCUAUCCCUAGAUAAAUAGGUAGGUAUCUGCAAUGGCGAAGUCGGCGAUGGCGACGGCGACGGCGAGAAUAGCAUAUAGCGAUAGAUGGGAAUAGAAGUAGAGUAGCGUUAAGGGAAGAUUAAAGGGGUUUUCUGCUUAUGCCGUAACAUGUUUAGCUCCCUUUCCUACCUACCUAGUAGACACCAAGCUACUUCGAUAUGAAAUCAAAC